AUGAAAACUGUUGAUGAAAAGACCGUUGAAGAAUUUUUCUCUCAACAUUUUGCUGAAAAUCCUACUAGUGGAUUAGUUAUAAGUCCAACGUUGGCAAGGAAAAUAAACGAGACUAGUUCUGAAAGUGGUGAAGAUUGUGUUGAUGAAGAGAAGGAUAUGGUUACAAAGCGGCAACUAAUGACUAUGACAGACAAAAUCUGUAAUGAACUUGAUAAGCGUACUGAAAAUUUAAACACAAAUUUUGAAAUAACUUAUGAAGAAAACAGGCUUAACUAUCCUCACGCUUCAAAUUCAUAUAAAUAUGGUAUUGGAUAUUCAACUUCUAAAGAAAAUAACACUAAGCCAGUAAAGGGUAUUAGGUUAAAAUUCAAAGCAAAAAAUGCAGUAACUGAAUAUAACGAAAAUUUCUCUGGCCCGAAUAUCAAAACGAAUAUAAACGGUAAAGAGCUUACAGAUAAUAAAGCGAAUACGCCUCUAAUACGAAGAAAACGUAAAUUAUAUUCCUCAAAAGACGAAAAAUGUAAUGAAAGCUGGCACAGUGACUGCGAAAAUGUAAGCGAAGCUGUCUCUAAUAAAAAAUCUAAAAUAACAUUCUAUAAAGGAAUAGAGAAGGAGCGCAGGGAAUAUGAACGUAAAUUGCGAACCAGGAAAUUGAAAAAAAUAUUUCUGUCACCAGAAUCAAAUAAAAUGAAUGAUAUGUUGGAUAAAUUAAAAAAUAAUAACAAUAGCAAUGAAAAAUUUAUUUUGGUUGAUAAAGCAAAUGAUGUUUCAAUUUAUAAUUUUGCUAGCGAUAGCACAGAUGAUGACUUUCGAUUAAGUAAAGUAAAACGCAAUAAUAUAACUUCAGGUAGUAGCGUUAAAGCUCCGUCGAUUAAGGAUAAAAUAAAAGAAAAGGUUAAUGUUAAGCGAAAACGAAGCCACCGCCCGAAAUUGAUUAUUAAAUUUGAAAAGUCUGCGGAGCCACUUAUUGAUGAACGUAUGAGAAAAACUGCUGUAGACGUAUUAAAUACGUCACUAGAAAUUCAAAAACCUCUACAAAGUAAAAUUAAUAUGGAACCUGCUCCCAAAUUGGCAAUGAAACAUAAAAUGGAAGGAAUUACGGAUGAUGAAGUGAAAAUAACAGAAAAUUUUAAAGGCAACAGCGUGAAAAAAAGACAAAAAAGAAACGGAAAGGCACUUUCACUGAAUAAAAAAAAACGUUCAAAGCAAGUUAAAAAAACAACUUUAUUAAGCGACACGAGCGAUGGAACUGUAAGUCCACUACCCGAUUUAAUCAUAGAAAAGGUACCAGCCCGUAAAGAUAAUGAUCCACUCACAUCUGAUAUGAUAGAAAGAUUUCAAAAAAUGUUCGAAAAAUUAUUUGAUACAAAAGGAGGUGAAUUAAAUACAACUCAUAAUGUGAAUAAAGAUGAUGAUUACAAUGAGCGGAACAGCUGUUCACACAUGUUUAAUAUUACUGAAGAGUUAAAUCAAAUACCAAAAUCUGCGACAUCUCAAGAUUGUAAUAAACAGAAAGUUGAAGAUACUCAGAAAAUAUGUGACAGCUAUUCAAGUAAUUCCAGUGUGAACGAUUUGCUUAAAAGACCUGUUCCUACAACUAGUAGAGCUGAAUCACUUGAGUUCGGUUUUAGAGAGAACAUGCUCAGCGUAUUAGAAAAAUUAGACACAACACUUACUGAAAUAAAUUACAAUACAGAUAAGAAAUUUAUAAACUUGUUCUUGGAAGCGCAGAAGGAGCUUAAUCAGAUGAAGGACCAACGCCGUACUCAAUACGAGGAAGUCGCUAAUAGUUUGCUCAGCGACAUAGUGAAGCUGAUCGAAGUCAGAUUCUCCGAACUGGAUAGGAGGUCGCAAGAAAUGGACGAGCAGUAUAAGGAAGAUCUGAAAGAACGCGCUCGCAAGGUUAUCCUAGAUGAUUGUAGGCAGAAACGAGCCAUGGUGACCUUGCUGCGUGAAGAUGUGCAAGCCGUAUUAGACUUUGUACAUAAAGAUAAAACAAAAAAAUUAGAAACGUGA